AUGGGAAGAAGCAAUAUAAAUAUUCCGGAGUUGCCAGUGCCAGUGAUAGGAUUAGGGACGGCUUCAUAUCCUUUUGCUGACAGAGAAGCCACAAAAGAAGCCAUUCACAACACACUCAAGAAUCUGGGAUUGGAGUACCUUGAUAUGUAUCUGAUACAUUUGCAGUGGGUUUGA